UAGAUGCAAAGAACCUUAGGGAACAAAUUAUUAGAACAUUAAAUUCAUUGAAUGUCAUUACAUAGUAAUUUGCACACGUUGAAUAAUAAAACCAUGAUGAACUGCACUCCAUACCAGUUGGUGGCGGUAAUGCACACCUUCAGUGUCUAAACUCCAGAAGAAGAAGAAGGCUGUUAGCCGCGUUAGCUUCCUUCAGUUCCGCUAAUGGAGCGCAGCUUGUUGGUGUGAGGCGGACCUUUCAUUUUCUUCAGUACCAGUAUUUGAUUUAGUUCGGUGGUCAGACACGGGUCAUCUGGAAAGCACAAAUCUUCCCCCAACGAACAGCAUUACAUCUGAAUAGAAGGAGGAGCUUCUGACUGACCAGCAGCUCUGUAACCAGGAGAACAACUCCACUUUGGACCAAAAGGAACCAAACCAUCUCAUGAUGAUGGAAGAACUGGUGGAACCAGCACCUCUGCAGAUUAAAUCUGAAGCAGAGCAACCAGAGUCUCAGCAGAUUAAGGAGGAAGCAGAACCUCUCCAGAUUACAUCUGUACUUGGGGAACCUGAGUUCUUGCAGAUAAAGCUAGAACAGGAGGAACCAGUAAAUGUGCAGAUGAAACAGGAAGAACCAGAACCUCUGCAGAUAAAAGAGGAAGAGGGGAAACAAGAACCUCUUCUGUUUAACUUUGAACUGGAGAAACCAGAAUAUGUGUUUAUAAAGGAACAGCCCGAUAUUCCAGAACCUCUGCAGAUAAAGGAGGAGUAUGAUGUAAUUUCCAUCAGUCAGGAUGAAGAACCGUCUAUUCUGAAGCAACAGAUUGAUACUUUCACGUUAGACCUAGGUUUUACAUUAGGAGACCACAGAAACACAGACCCAAUCAGAGACCAGCAUGUCUCUCAGAGCUCUCCUGAGCAUGAGAACCCAAAUCAGUCAGGAAGCCCUAAAGAGGACUCUGGAUCGAGUGGAAUUGAAGAGUUGAAACUAAAUGAGAAAAGUCUAAAAAGCAGAGAUCUUCCCUGCGAGAAAACCAAACAGAAGCACCACAAAGACGAAAACCUGUCGUCCUGCUUGAUCUGUGGUAAAAGUUUCAGCCGCAGUUACAUGAGCGUCCACAUGAGGUUUCACGCAGGAGAGAAGCCCUUCUCAUGUCAGACCUGUGGAAAGAGCUUCAGUCUGAAAAGUCAUGUGACUCGACACAUGAGAACCCACACAGGUGAGAAGCCGUUCUCUUGUGACACCUGUGGAAAAGCGUUUAACCUCCAGAAUAACCUGAGAUCCCACAUGAGAACUCACACUGGGAUGCUUUUCUCAUGUCAGACCUGUGGGAAAAGGUUCACUCUAAAGUGUAAUCUGACGUAUCACCUGAGAACCCACACAGGUGAGAAGCCCUUUCCCUGUCAGACCUGUGGAAAGAGCUUCAGUCUGAAAAAUGAUCUGACUCGUCAUGUGAGAACCCACACAGGUGAGAAGCCGUUCUCAUGCCAGACCUGCGGAAAAGCUUUUAACCAUCAGAGUAACUUAAAAUACCACAUGAGAACUCACACUGAGAAGCCAUCUUCCUGCAAGUCCUGUGGAAAAAGCUUCAAGUUAAAAAGCCCUCUGAGCCACCACAUGAGAACCCACACAGGUGAGAAGCCGUUCUCAUGUCAGAGCUGUGGAAAAAGCUUCAGCUUUAAAGGUCAUUUGACUCGCCACAUGGGAAGUCACGCAUGUGAGAAGCCUUUCAGGUGUUCGACGUGCGGAAAAGGUUUCAUUGUGGGGAAUCAUUUGAUUCAUCAUAUGAGAACUCACACAGGUGAGAAGGUGUGAUGUCCAUGUUGUGACGUCCUCGGGGUGUCCACUGUGGGUGGACACGCAUCAGGAGCAUCGCAGCACUGGCUGCCGUCAGCACCUAUUAAAGGUCAAAGGUUAAAACGGGUGAUUUCAUUUUUAAAUGCGUUCAUGUCAUUAAAGGCUAACCCUAAAACUUCAGGAGGAGAAGGUUCGUCUCCACCUUAAAGUCAACCUUUUUCCCAUUUAACCGUCUCCUAUGAACGUCUUUAUAGGUUGCCAUAGCAACCCGUUGUCUCAUGCCUCGGCUUCCCCGGGGGUUGCAUGAAUCGUUGCUAUGCUGUGAGGUUUUAAUUUUGAAACGAUUUAAAUAGUGACUGAUGAUAACCUGAGAAGUAAGCCCGUCUUCUUCUCCAACACAAGCCGGCUCCAGGACGUUUAUCUACGGAAAGAACUCGUUCAUGGGUUGUUCUGCCUCUCGGAGUUCAAGAGAAACAAAUCAUUGAUUAAUGGAUCCCACAGGUUGACCUCAAGGUUACAGCAGCAUCUGUUGUCCAUCAGAUGACCUGAGAGAACCGCUGGUCUGCCCAGUCUGGUUAGUUGAAAAGUGACACCAGAAGAUCCAGACCACAAUAAGGGGUUCUGAUUCUUGUGAGAACGCAGUCCUCUACAGGCCCGUGUCUUGGAUGAGUAAAAUGUUUUCAUUCUGCUGUUUUUUUUUUGGAAUCGUAACUCAACCUGGCCCAAAGCUCGGAUCAUUAUGGAACAUUCAUUCAUUCAUCUUCUGUGGUGAGCUGGUGCUUAUCUCCAGCAGUCUGCAGGCGAGAGGCAGGGUCCACCCUGGACAGGUCACCAGUCCAUCGCAGGGCAACACGGAGACAUACAGGACAAACAACCAUGCACACACUCAUUUUGGAACAUUUAUUCCUUAUUCAGAAAACUCUUCAGUCAGUAGAAUUAGCGCUCGUACCUUCAAUCUAUUUAGUUUUGUAUUUUCACUUGAUUUAGUUCAUGGAAAUGGACAUUUUAGAGUGAUUAAUAAUGGAUUUAAUACUUUAUUCUGUGCAGUUAUCUUAAUCCAUAAAUAAAUAAUUUAUUGUUGUUCAAGAAA